AUGCCUGAAUCAAUUUUUUGCAGUUUCAAUGAUGUCGCUGCGGAACAGCGGUCUAGCGGAGCAGUGGGCUUCUACGUCGCUCAACAAAACACCGGAAUUCUUGAGGUCUCCUUCGAUCCGAGCAAGUCCCUGAACGAUUCUCUAUCAGUUGUCGCUACCACGAUCGCAGGUACACAACCUCAAUGGCUCAAAGCCCACAACGACAAGAUUUACUCAAUCAGUCGUACCGGUUUUCCAACAAAUUCAUCAACAUCAGGUGGCAUUUUCGUCUUUCUAAGACCUCAUAGUCCCGCGACCGAAGGGGAAUCUUUGACCCUACAAGAUGCUGAGACCAGCAAUGGACAAGGCGGUGUUCAUUGUGAUGUCAGCCCUGAUGGAAAAACCCUUGCUGCCGCAAAUAUCGAAGCAUCGACAAUGGCUAUCUAUCCGCUAGCAGAGGACGGUUCUAUUAGUGAAGCCACGUAUAGGUUUCAAUACACUCUCGACCAGCCCGGUCCAGGCGCCGACGACAGCCAGUCGGAACCUUUCCCUCAUGAAUCGGCAUUUGAUCCUACGGGAAAAUUCCUCGUCGUGCCAGCGCGAGGUGAGGACCGUGUCCACAUUUACUUCGUCGCAUGCGCGGAGAAAGUCAACCAACUUGAAGACAUUGUUGUACCUCUUGGAACGGGUCCACGGCAUACUGCUUUUCGUCAAAGCGCCACAGGACAAACCUUCUUCUAUAUUCUCGGCGAACUGGACAACACGAUUCGUGUGUACAGUGUGGAAUACGGUCAAGCGUCUAGUGCUAUCAGUUUUACAUUGCAUCAAACAAUUUCAACCUUGGGCCCCAACCUCCCACCAACAGCACCGGAUCGUGUCAAUCUGGCCUCCGAGUUUGUAUUCACUGCUGAUGGAAAUUUUGCAUAUGCAUGUAAUCGCAAUACCAGCAGCCGCGAUAGCGAUACGUUUGUGAUCUACUCGCUGAAAGACACGAAAUCCGCAAAUCACCUAACAUAUUUGUCAAUUGAUAAAACACUAGGCAAAAUUCCCCGCCAUUUCGCAUUGUCAUCAGAUCCAAACAACAAAUACUUGGCCAUUGCAAAUGAAUACAGUAAUGAUCUCAUCGUGUUCGAGAGGGAUCAGCAGAGUGGACUGAUGAAAGAGAUAAAGGGUCAUUUAAGCCUAGGAGAUGCCAAUCCUGUGGCGAGGAACGGUCCCGCAUGCAUUCUAUGGAAGUAG